AUGGAGGCUGCUUCUGCAAGGGCGGCCGCCCGGGAUCGCUGGAGCGAGUUCGGUCAUGCCCCCUCCCAGCUCCAGCGCUUCAUUCAAGGCGCUUGCAGUCCCGAGAACUACGAGCCAAACCUUGCUUUGAGUCUGGAAAUCGCCGAUUUAAUCAACAGCAAGAAGGGUUCUGCCCCGCGCGAGGCAGCUACCAUGAUUGUUAGCUAUAUCAACCAUCGGAAUCCGAACGUGGCGCUGCUUGCUCUCAGCCUCCUCGACAUAUGCGUCAAGAACUGCGGCUAUCCCUUUCAGCUACAGAUUAGCACUAAAGAGUUUCUGAAUGAGCUGGUUCGCAGGUUCCCGGAGCGCCCUCCCAUGCGCCCAACGAGAGUUCAGGCCAAGAUCCUUGAGGCCAUCGAAGAGUGGCGCGUAACGAUAUGCGAGACGAGCCGUUAUAAGGAAGAUUUGGGCUUUAUCAGGGAUAUGCAUCGCCUUCUGAGUUACAAAGGCUACAUGUUUCCUGAAGUUCGACACGAAGAUGCUGCGGUGUUGAAUCCGAGCGAUAAUCUCAAAUCUGCUGAGGAGAUGGAAGAAGAGGAAAAAGAAGCGCAGUCAGCGAAGCUGCAAGAGCUCAUUCGACGUGGUUCUCCCGAAGACCUCCGAGAAGCGAACCGCCUUAUGAAGGUGAUGGCUGGUUACGAUACCCGGUCCAAAACGGACUACCGCGCUAAGGCAGCAGAAGACGUGGCCAAGAUUCAAGCCAAGGCAAGGUUGCUUGAAGAACGUCUAGAGGCUUUCAAGCCCGGAGACAAAAUGAGCGAUGGCGAUGUGUUUAGCGAACUGGCUUCUGCGCUACAGAGCGCUCAUCCCAAGAUUCAGAAGAUGUGUGAGGAGGAGUCAGAUGACCACGAGGCUGUUGCCCGAUUAUUCGAGAUCAACGACAGCAUUCACCGCACUGUCGAAAGAUAUAAGCUCAUGAAGAAAGGCGAUAUGGAAGGUGCGGCCAAAAUUGCAUCAGGGGCUCCGAUUCCGUCUGCGGCUACAAACCCUUCGUCUGCCUCUGGCAACGCGGCGAACGAGUUAUCUCUGAUAGAUUUCGAUGCCGAUGCAGCAACUGAAUCUAAUGGCAAUGCUAAUAGCGAAAACAAUGGUGCCGCCGGGGGUGGCGGCUCACAGGCCGGUGGUUUGGAGAAUGACUUGUUAGGACUGGAUAUUGGCAACUCAUCAGACAACUUUGGCCAGGGAGGUAAUAUCGUGCUUGGCUUUGGGGCUAAUCAGAACAUCCCUGGACCAGCUUUACUGUCUUCCAUGACCCAGGACAAUAGUGCGAGUGGCAACGUUUCCAACCAGACGCCUUCAUUUUCUCAAUUUGCCUCUUUCACGUCGCCUGCGGUGUCACAAUCUGGCACUCCGCAACCUGCAGCACAUCAGCAACCCAAACCUCCUUCAUACCCGCCAGCCUCAGAUCCGUUUGCCGCACUUGGAGCUGCAUCGUCUUCAACACCAACUCCACCACCCCCUCAGACCUCUGGCGUGUCCAACGACGAUGACGAAUGGAACUUUUCAUCUUCACUACCUGCACCAGCGACUAGCAAGCCGAAGGAAUAUAGGGGAUCAAUCAACCAGUCCUUAUUGCGCACGGAUUUCCUCGCCGGGCGUACCACCGGCGCAAGCAAUUCAAUUCACAUGGCCUUUGCCUUUUCUAACAACUCUGCCCAGCCCAUUACCGAGCUUCACUUCCAGCUGGCAGUCACCAAGGGCUACGAACUGCAAUUGAAACCCCAAACUGGCCGCGAUCUGGCUCCCAAGCAGAGCCGUGGUAUCACCCAAGAAGUAGACAUUUGGCACGCUGGCAACCGCAACCAAAAAGUAGAGUCCGUCAAGCUGAGAUGGCGCGCUACAUACAAGGUCGGUGCAGAGCAGAAAAACGAAAUGGGGGAGAUUUCAGAAGUUAGCAUCGCAUAG